GCGGUGUAGGCAGAGUUCGCGGUGGGGAGGGGGUUUCGUGCGCGAUCGUGGCGGUUGCUCUUGGAUUUUAUGAAGCAUUCCUUCCCUCUGUGAUAUCUCAGUAAAAUACCCUGGUGUGCUGCUGGUGUUCACCUUUUAUACUUCAUUUGUUGCUGGUGGGAGCCACUCUGAAACAACAUUUACCCUCACUGAAGAUGGACUCUGGUUCAACUUUGUGAUGUCUUCCCCCGAAAUUGCUUCCCUUUCGUGGGGUCAGAUGAAGGUGAAAGGCUGCUCCACAACAUACAAGGACUGCAAGGUCUGGCCAGGAGGAAGCCGAACCUGGGACUGGCGAGAAACUGGGACUAAUCAUUCUCCAGGAGUGCAACCAGCUGACCUUGAAGAAGUUGUCAAGAAGGGUGUUAAAACUGUGGUGAUCGGUCGUGGUAUGAGUGAGGCGUUGCAGGUUCCAGCAUCCACUGUGGACUAUCUGAAGAAAAACGGGAUCGAUGUGUUGGUGUUGCAAACAGAGAAGGCUGUGGAGCAGUACAACGCCCUGGCUGCACAGGGUGUCAAAGUAGGGGGGGUCUUCCAUUCAACCUGCUGACUCCUGGCAGCUCCUUCUGCCUUCCUUGACCACACAAAUCACAGGCACAUCCCUCCACUGCAUCAAAUUACAGGCAACAGAGGGUGGAUUUCCAUGCCAAGGUGUUUGUGCCCUGACAAGCUACAAUGCAAGUGCAGUUGAUUAGAUUGAAACAAAUCAAGUGCUUACAAAGGGGGUUGUUAAUGAAAUCAUUGAAUUAUUGAACCAUUUCCAGACAUUCUUGAGGCUGAUCUAAUCUGAACACUGUCAUAUUCUGCUUACUUAACUUUUCACCUGUUUGCUAAAUUAAAAUACUAAGUUUUGAAUACUUUUCUUAGGAAAUGGCCCAAAAUUACAUUGUUGGCUACUGGAAAGCAGUAUAGGAUGGCUGAUGGGUACAACCAAGUGGUAGAAAUGAAGGUAAAACUUCAUAUAACUAAGUUAAAAUAAAACAAAAAGCAAACCCAGAACAUACAACUUUGCCUCCUGCUGGUGACUUCAGUUAGGAUGUUGGCUAAUUCAGGAGCAUCACAUAGUUUAACACUUUAAAAUCCUACAUUGAACCUGGAAAAGGAAUACAAAAGUCUACAGGGAAUAAACAUCAAAUUUGGGCCUUAAUCCUCACAAUGAAUAGAAAAAUGCUUUUGAGUUGUUCAAUACAUAUCUAUUAAAAAGUCCUUAUAUGCUUAAAAUCACCAAGGAAGAUUUGUCACAAGAGUUUGCAACCAACAGCAGAUGUUGAUCUUUAGGAAAUCAGCCUAAAUUGCUGCUAGCAAGCUGGGGCUGGAUGUGGGAAUUCUUACUGGUCAUGGUUAGCUGAGGAUUUCAACAUUGUG